GGCUCUAGCAAUGUAUGUGUAGGAAGCUGACGUGUACAAACGGAGCUCUCUUCUCUGAGAAUGAAACUCACCACAAAUGAUCUCUUCGCUUCUCAACCAUUAUUCCACUGCCCCUGCUCCUCCUCCUCCCGUCCUCGCCGCCGAAGUUUCCAUGGCCUUCAUUUCCCGAUCAAUCUCACUACUGAGAAGAAUAACUCAUUAUCCAUCGUUGCUCUUUCUGAUUCCGAUCUUCCAUCCCGAACCGCCUUCUCCCGCCGCGCUUUUCUCCUCGCGCCACCACUUCUAGCCUCUGCUGCUUCCUUGUUUCUCAAGCCGUCUGUCUCUUUAGCCUCCGAGGAGAGCUCUUCCGCUACAAAAACUUUACCUGCGGAAUCAGCAGCUCCUCCUCCUCCUGCGACCGCCACUGCUCCAUCGCCGCCGCCUGCACCCGUGAAUAAGGAAGAGACUAUAACCUCGAGAAUCUAUGACGCGACGGCCAUUGGUGAGCCGAUGGCUAUGGGAAAAGAUAAGAAGAAGGUCUGGGAGAAGCUGAUGAAUGCGAGAGUUGUGUACCUCGGCGAGGCAGAGCAAGUGCCUACCAAAGACGACAAAGAGCUUGAACUCGAAAUCGUUAGAAACCUGAGGAAGAGAUGCCUUGAGAGCGAGCGUCAAAUCUCUGUAGCACUAGAAGCAUUCCCUCUUGAUUUGCAGGACCAGCUUAAUCAAUACAUGGAUAAGAGGAUGGACGGAGAGACAUUGAAGUCUUAUGUGACACAUUGGCCUGCUCAACGUUGGCAAGAAUAUGAGCCUCUUUUAAGUUACUGUCGCGAUAACUCUGUUAGACUAAUUGCUUGUGGCACUCCUCUCAAGGUUUUAAGAACUGUCCAAGCAGAAGGUAUCCGUGGUCUUUCAAAAUCUGAGCGUAAAUUAUACACUCCCCCUGCUGGUUCUGGGUUUAUUUCAGGAUUUUCUUCCUUCUCACGUAGAUCUACAUUUGAUAUGAGUCUCCCAACACAGAUUGUUCCGUUUGGACCAAGUUCUUAUUUGUCGGCACAAGCAAGAGUUGUUGAAGACCAUACAAUGUCACAAGUUAUUUUACAAGCAGUAGCAGAUGGAGGGGGUAGUGGUCUACUGUUAGUGGUAACAGGGGCGAGUCAUGUUGAGUAUGGCUCAAGAGGAACAGGUUUGCCAGCAAGGAUCUCAAGGAAGUUUCCAAAGAAAAACCAAGUUGUUGUAUUACUUGAUCCUGAAAGACAGUACCUGCGAAGAGAGGGCGAAACUCCAGUUGCUGAUUUCUUGUGGUAUUCUGCAGCAAGACCCUGCAGUAGAAACUGCUUUGACCGAGCAGAGAUUGCUCGAGUAAUGAAUGCAGCUGGCAGGAGGCGAGAUGCCCUUCCACCGGAUAUUCAAAAUGGAUUAGACCUUGGUCUGGUGUCACCUGAGGUUCUGCAGAAUCUCUUUGAUUUGGAGCAGUAUCCUCUUAUUUCUGAGCUUACUCAGCGGUUUCAGGGUUUCCGAGAAAGGUUGUUGGCAGAUCCAAAAUUCCUGAAUAGAUUAGCUAUCGAAGAGGCUAUAUCAAUAACAACUACAUUAAUAGCACAAUAUGAGAAGCGGAAAGAGAAUUUCUUUGAAGAAAUCGACUAUGUUAUAACUGAUACAGUGAGAGGAUCAGUAGUUGAUUUUUUCACAGUUUGGCUUCCAGCACCAACUUUGUCUUUUCUUUCAUAUGCUGAUGAGACCACUGGACCAGACAGCAUAGACGCCCUGAGAGGCCUCCUAGGAUCCAUACCUGAUAACGCAUUUCAAAAAAGUCUUGCUGGAAGAGAGUGGAACCUGAAUCUUAGAAUUGCUUCAGUUGUUGUUGGUGGCUUGAAGCUUGCUGGUGUUGGAGUUGUUUCCAGUUUUGCAGCUGUGGGAGCUUCAAAUGCAUUGAAUGUAGUACGAAAGGUCAUUAAACCCGAGUUGGUUGUUUCUGAGAAACCUAAGAGGUCUCCUCUUCUGAAGACGGCAAUGGUUUAUGGAGGUUUUCUGGGAACAUCUGCAAAUCUUCGUUACCAGAUAAUUGCGGGAUUAAUAGAGCAUCGCCUUUCUGAUGAGCUUUCCUCUCAACCUCUACUUGUAAAUGCUAUUUCAUUUGUUGUCAGGACCCUAAACUCAUAUUUCGGAACGCAGCAAUGGAUCGAUCUUGCACGCUCUACAGGUCUGCAAACUCAGAAAAGCAUCCCAGCCUCUAAAGAAAUUCCAGAGGCUUUGGAAGAAUCGCCGGUGGAAUGCGAUACUACUACUGAAGAGGAAAGUAUCGACAAGCUCAAUAAUCAAUGAUACUGGUGAGGCUACCCCAGUAGUUAUCAAUUAAUAGUUGUUUGCCAUAAGCUUUAGAUCGUAGAAAUGAGCAUAAUAAUUUCACAAUUCUUAAGUUGUAUGUUCGUAUUUGUGCUUCUUGGCAAUUAGUGAUGGUUUCAAUAUAAAUUUCUUGUCUUA